ACCAGCCCCGCUCCUCAGCGACCGCCAAGGAGCCCCUGGCAGUGAGCGAGGUCGGGCCAUGCCGUGUCGGGCACUGCUUCUUUCCCAUCUUCUUCUCUUCCUCCUCGCCUUGGGCCGGGCCUCGGGAACAGAAUCUUCUCCUUAUUUACCAGCACCAAAGGAUGUGAGGGUGUAUUCCUAUAACUUUCAUAGCUCGCUGAGGUGGUCCCCCGUUGAAGUGGAUAGAGGCUUGGUGUUGUAUACAGUACAUUUUAAAACAGGAGCCUUUAACCAGUGGGAGGAGAUGAACUGCACACGUAUCACCCAGACCGAAUGCAGCUUCCCCUGGUCACUGAAGGAGCGGCGCUGGACUGUUGUGUUGCGUGUGAGGGCUGAGCUAGGGCAAGUGACCUCUGACUGGGUGGAAACAGAUCCAUUUGUGGCAGAGAGAAACACUACUAUAGGGCCCCCUAAUGUGAAGAAUGUGAUUGAAAACUCUGACUCCCUUCUUAUUAGUGUCACACCACCUUUUGGCUCUGAAGCAGCUGACUUUCUUCAGUAUCACGUGUCCUACUGGGAGAAUGCAACAAGUACUGCUGUAAAAGAGACAAGGACGAGCAGUACACUGUUCAAAAUUGGAAAUCUAAAGGAACUGACACUUUAUUGUUUUAGAAUUCAAGUAGAACUGAGGACACGUUCAGAUCGCCGUUUACUUGGACUGCAAAGUGUCCCAAAGUGUCACAGAACCACACUCAGUGAGGCAACUAGAGCAGGAUAUAUUGUACUAAUAUUUGUCUUUGUGUUGCUGUCUGUAUCAGUCGGUUUGUUUCUUCUGUGGCGACACCGCAAAACAAUCAAAUAUUGGAGUCAGCCGCCUUUAGAAAUCCCAGCACACUUCCAAGAGUAUUUGAAGGACCCUAGCAUGCCAGUUUUAGAAGUGUUGGACAAUUGUGCCGAGGAUGAUCCCCAUGAUUCCUUAUCUGUUGUAUGUUUUGAAGAAGGAAGCCAGACCUUGGAUGGUCAAGCUCAUUUAUGCAGCAUCUCCCACGACGGUGAAGUAACUUAAGUGGUGGCCCAGUGAGAGUGCCUGCACCAAGUCUUUGAAGGGGCUUAUGCCCAUGAACAAUGCUGAGUGGCUGCUGGCAGGAAAGACUGCUCUGGACAAAACGCAGCCACUGAGAAAUGCUGAGCAAGAUGCUGCUUUCAGGGAAUCAUGUGAACCCUGAGCCUUUGUUGACAUGGCUUCUGCUGUGUUCUGCAACAGACUGAAAGCCAAACUGUGAAAGAGAAAUGAACACUAAGUUGCCUAAAGAAAGACAGGUGUUAGCUUCUUCCCUCCAGAUAAAAACGGCAGUCUAAAAAGAAAAUUCACUUAGUUCUCUCCAGCAUCACAAACCUGUGCAAAGAACUGCUCUAAGAAAGACCUCUUCCUACCGGCCUCCUAACACGUUCAUGAGAAGCAUUAAUCUUCUGCGCCUGCAUCAGGACAGUCGUUCUUCACAGCAAACCCAAGGUUUAAAUCAUUUUGCUCAGGAUUUAUACAACAUGCAUCGGUGAUUAUCAGACACUAAAAUCUCUUGUUGACUAUCAGAUCAGUCCUAAAAAGGACAAGCUCACUAAGCAUUGUCUUUUGAGUCCUUUAACAUAGAAGCAGAAGACAAGUCACACAUCACAAUCCUGGGGGGUCUGGAUGGUAGCUAAUAAAGCACAAGUG